AAAAAAAAAAAAAAAUAUUAUCAAGGCAUUAAAGGAUGUCAAUUUCGGUCACCUUAAAUGUUAUAUUGUUGUUAUCAGUGUCCUUAUAAUAAAAUAAAUUAUUCAUGAAAAUAUCUUGAUCCUGAGGCAGCAGGCAAGAGAGAGAGAAUAUAUAAAAAAAAAAGGAUACACGUGAGCUUAUGUGUGGUGUUUGUUUGUUUUUUUUUUCUUCCUUCGUGAUUCUUGUCGAGGACGACGACGGAUGUAUGUAGUUUGUGUUGGAAUGUGCGAACAUAAAAAUUCGUUCAAUUAUAGUUGCUACGCGUGUUGUAUUUAAAGUGUUUAAGAUCCUUAGAACCAACUAAGUGUUUAUCCUUUAUAGUUUUUUCGUCGUGUGGUCGUGUUUUUUUUUUUCUCGUGAAUAUUUCCUUCGAGUGGUCCUUUUUGUUAAAGGAUUCUUACGUGUCCCCAGAUAAAAGAAAAAAAAAAAAAAUGAACAUAUGCUCUAAAUCGGGAUGCACUAAUGGCAAAAUGAUGUUAAACUAAAAUAUCCUGAAUGAAUUAUUAUGACUGCGUUGUUGUCCCUUGAGUAAUAUUUUCUCAUUCCGUAGACAGGACGAAUAUCAAAAAAAAAAAAAUUUGAAAAUUUAAUUUAAAUUCAAAUAAAUUCUACAUUUUUAUGUAAAUUUUCUUCACAAAAAAAAAAGAGAAAAACAAAUUAAAAUUAAAAACUUCAAGGAUAAUUUUAUGCAAUUUUUUUUUUGUCGAAUAUAUACUCUUCUCAUAUUUAUGCUGUUUGCUGCUAUUAUAAGGAUGUUGAAAUAUUUAAAUUUUGUUUGUGAAUGAAGCAAAACGAAAAAUAAAAAAAAAACAUGCUCCAAAUGAAUGUAUGCUCAUUGUGUGGUGGGGUUGGAUUCAAGAGUGCAUAUCCUUGUUGAUGGGGUUUUUUAAUAUUAUGCAUAAACUAAACGUCAUUGGUGCAUGAAUUUUUAUUCAAAUUUAAUAUAAAAAUAUAUAUUUGGAUUUCAACAAAAAAAAUUAAAAAAAAAACACAUCUCUGUCUGUGUCUCUUUUUUUUCUGUGUAUUUCCUUGGAGAUUAAUAUGUAUGAACUGAUAGUUUUUUUUUUUUAUAAGUGUACGAUGGAUGAAGUAGACACAAAAUAAAUUAAUCAUUUUCGAUGUUGUUGUUUUGAAAAUAAAAAAAAACUUCAGGUGUAAAAAUGGAAAUUCUUUUUGGAGACCAAUAAAUUACAUUCAAAGUGUGUUAAAAAAAAAAAAAUUAAAUGAAAUUAAAUAAAAAUGUGUAAAUACAGAUUUUGGUGUGAAAUUUAGGGGUGUUCUAUUUCAUAUGGAUAAAAAAAGGAUAAAUCAUCCUGGAAUUUAAAGAGAAAACUAAAGGAUAUCUCACAGGACGACUACAACAACAACCAACCAACGGACGGACAACGACGCCAUCAUAGUGUUCAAUUUGAAACUCCAAACAAAAAUAUCCUGCAAAUCAAGGCCACCAAAUGAGCGCCAAUUGGCUUCAACUCUGUCGCAUGAAUAACUCUUCAAGGACCCUGCGUUUGGAUAUCAUUAGCGACAGAUAGCAAUUCGCUUGCGUUUCUCCUAUCGCCUACCGUCGUCGCUGCCACCAUCAAAAGGAUAACCGCACCAAUUCUAAAACCGCAGCCUUCAUACACGAUGAAGGAACAAUAAUAAUGCGAAUGAUUAGAAUAAUAAUGAUGAAUUAAACAGGAAUCCGCGGAUCGCAUAAAUGUAUAUUUCUCCUCUCUCAAGUUCCACCGCAUCGCACCGGCACACACACCAACACACACACACACAGCAACAACAUCAAGGACUUUUGUCAUUUAAUUGAACAAGAAUAAGAGAAGCGGAAAUUGAACUUCUUGACGUUCCACAGCGUUCGUUGUGCGAGUCAAGCAAUUUCAUAUUAAUACCUCAAUCCUGCAAGCACACAUAUAACCCACACACACACACACACUCAUACCAACGCACUGUCUAUAUCGAUCUAUCUUGUCAUCUUUCAGCGCAUCUUUGCGGUCGAGGACAUCGUCACGGAGUCGUAGAUACCCAUAUUGCCACAAAACAUCGUUCCCAUCAUCAAGAAAACGUACGACAAAUAUACAAACUCGUACAAGUUGUGUGUAGGUAUACAAAAGGGAAAGAAACCAUUCCAUCAGCAUUAAAAUAGGCAAAUCAAUCAAAUUGGAUUCAAAUCGAGUUAACGCGGUGGAGCCGUACUACUUUGGUGGUUUGUGUGGUUUUUGUACUUGUGUUGGUAUUCGUCGUAUUCAUAUUUGUGUGUGUUGUUGUUGUUGUUGUUGUUGGAGCAAAAAUAGUUUCAGCAUCAUUGAGAUACAUCAAUCCUUCGAAGCUUGCCAGAGGACUUUUAAUAGUUCAGAGGGAAAUGAGAUGAAGUGGUUUCAAGUGGCGAUAGAUAUGAUUCUUGUGCUAUCAUUCAUAUCAAGCAGCACAGCAAAUCCAGAUGCUAAGCGCCUCUACGACGAUCUCCUUAGUAAUUAUAAUAAAUUGGUUAGACCCGUUGUCAAUGUGACAGAUGCACUGACAGUUCGCAUCAAAUUGAAGCUCUCCCAAUUGAUUGAUGUCAAUUUGAAGAAUCAAAUAAUGACAACCAACUUGUGGGUGGAACAAUCUUGGUAUGAUUACAAGCUUAAGUGGGAACCAAAAGAGUAUGGCGGUGUUGAGAUGCUGCAUGUGCCUUCGGAUCACAUAUGGAGACCGGAUAUUGUUCUGUAUAAUAAUGCCGAUGGAAACUUUGAGGUAACAUUAGCUACAAAAGCAACACUAAAUUACACAGGACGAGUAGAAUGGCGUCCGCCAGCGAUUUACAAGAGUUCGUGUGAAAUCGAUGUAGAGUACUUUCCGUUCGAUGAACAAACGUGUGUAAUGAAGUUCGGCAGCUGGACGUACGAUGGAUUUCAGGUGGACCUGAGGCAUAUCGAUGAACUUAAUGGUACAAAUAUAGUUGAAGUUGGUGUUGAUUUAUCAGAAUUUUACACAUCAGUCGAAUGGGAUAUACUGGAAGUUCCUGCUGUAAGAAAUGAAAAAUUCUACACAUGCUGCGAUGAACCAUAUUUAGAUAUAACAUUUAAUAUUACAAUGAGACGUAAGACAUUAUUUUACACUGUCAACUUAAUUAUUCCCUGUAUGGGAAUUAGUUUUUUAACAAUUUUAGUUUUUUACCUACCAUCGGAUAGUGGAGAGAAGGUAUCAUUAAGCAUAUCUAUUCUGCUCUCGCUGACUGUGUUCUUCUUGCUACUGGCAGAAAUUAUACCCCCAACAUCAUUAGUUGUUCCGUUAUUAGGAAAAUUCGUACUAUUUACAAUGAUUCUCGAUACAUUCAGUAUAUGCGUUACAGUAGUCGUAUUGAAUGUGCAUUUUCGUUCGCCACAAACUCAUACAAUGGCCCCAUGGGUACGGACUGUGUUCAUUAAUCAAUUGCCACGAAUACUGGUGAUGCGGCGACCACUCUAUCCAAUCAGUGAGAUGAUACAAUCAUCUAGACGUCUAAUGGUCCGGACAUGCAAUGGACUGGAAUUGAGGGAUCAAAUACCACCGCUGCCGCCACCAGUUGCCUUGUCAAAUCCUUUUUACAGACUCCACCAUAGUCCAAAGACAACGUCACGGAGUACAUCGCCCCAUCUCCAGCACAGAGUACAAAGUUUCAAUCUGAUGGACGAAAUGACAUCGCUGCCAUAUCCAUCGACAAUAUCCACUGUCAACCAGCAAACAUCGACGACAUCGUCAUUAAUUGACGGUCACCAUCACAGCCAGUACCAGCAGACGGGUGGCAGUUUGCUCGACCAUCCCUUGACGCCCUCACGAUUUCGUCAAAUGACAUCGACCUCGUGUCAAACCAAUGGCAUGGGCAGUUACAAUCCACAUCAAUCAGCAUCCACAUCGACGUUGCAUCAUCAUCAGCAGCAGCAAUCGCAACAGCAGCAACAUCAUCACUUGUAUCGCCAACAAUCGACGUCGUCGGCGACCUUUUCGCCAGCGCCGUUGCAUUCGCAUCAGCAGAAUCAGUCAACAACAACGUGCGACCUGCUGGGCAACUCAAAUGUGAUAAAGUCCACAACGACGGUGAAUUCGGUGGCGACAGCGUCCACAUUGGCGGAGUCAUGUUGCAGUAUACAAGCUCAAUAUCAACCCACACAUCAUCAACAGCAGCAGCAGAGUACUUCGCUGGCGGGGACUGCAGCAGCGGGUGCAAGCAGUAGUAGUAGCUGUCAUCAGCAACAGCAACAGAGACAGGCACCCUGUUGUUCGUCGGGGAGAUCGUGUACUACAGUGCGUCAUCGGUGGCACACUUGUCCUGAAUUGCAUAAAGCGAUGGAUGGUGUUACGUAUAUUGCGGAUCAAACCAGAAAGGAAGAAGAAAGCACAAGGGUGAAAGAAGAUUGGAAAUAUGUGGCGAUGGUAUUGGAUCGAUUAUUCUUAUGGAUAUUUACCAUAGCUGUUGUUGUUGGAACAGCUGGAAUCAUAUUACAAGCACCAACCUUGUACGACACCCGAGUACCAAUCGAUAUUAAAUUGUCCGAAAUUGCAUCGACAACAGCUAAACCAAACAUUGCCAGACCUGUGUUAUAAGUUUAUUGAAAUUUAAAAAAAACCAAAAC